ACGCCGGGAGAUUUAAAUUGCUCCUCGCCAGAGACGACUGUUCGCUAGGACAAUACUAGGAGAGAAUAUUUUGAGUGGAAGUGUUUCUUUUUGCUUGCUUUAUUCUCGUGUCGUUUCUCUUUAAUGUUGCCAGCCUUCGGCCUGGGAUGGAUGAUUUUCCGCCGGCGGGUCAGGUGUUAGUGCGUGACAGGUGUGCGGGUUUUCGCUGAGUGGCGUUGGCCCUUCCAAGAGGUUUCCUGCUCAUUGUCCUUUUAGUGUGCAACAUCUCAGAGACGCUGCUAUGUGGGAGGUGCACGAAGAGUCUUUGUCCUCUGGGAGAGAAACUGUAACUGUGGCAGUCAGCACAGAGCCUUGUCAUGCCAGGUGGGAAGUAGAGACAGAUGAAGAUGUCUUGCAGCGGCGGCAAAAACAGAUAGAUUAUGGCAGAUGUACACCUGGUUACCAGUGCUUUCUGCAGCAGGUCCCCAAAGCACAGGGACAACCAGGGCUUCACCCUCAAACACCAAACAAGAACAGGAGAUACAGCCGUCGUUCCUGGGAUGCUCAGAUCAGGCAGUGGAGAAGAGCCCUACAUACCUGGGAACCCCCCCAGCCAGCCUCUUCAGGGCAGGGGGGCCGAAAGGUGUGUUUACAAUUUUGGGUUCCCUUUAUAAGUAGUGGCUGAGUCCCACCUCUCUCUACUUUGCAGAGGUUUGGCUUUUAUUGAGUAAAAAGGGAGGGGCUGUGUGAGUACAUGCUCUCUGACUCCACUGCCUCCCUAGGCAGCAAAAGGAGAGUCUCUUAGAACCCAUGGAUUCUCCCUCUCCCGAUGGCCUACUGGAUGACUGACUCCAGGCCCUGCAGCCCUCAGAAAAUCUGGACGAAGGCCAGAAGGGGGCCAAGUUUGCAGAUUUGGUGGAUCCAAUUUCCUGCUCUCCCAGACUCAGCGAGGAAGACAGCAAUUCACCUAUCCCAGAUUU